AUAUAUGCUGUAUGUCCACAAGGACUAGUUUUCAUAAAGCUAGACAGGCGGUACCUACUACCACAUCAGCAGCGGUUAGAAAACUACAUCCUGGACGACUUUUCACAUCCAUGAGGCUGUGAAUUAAAGCUGCAGGAGCUCUGAAAUAUAACGACAAAGGACAGAGAAAGAAGAGAGAGAAAGACAGAAACAGAUCCGACCUCCAAGUGAGGCUUUUUGUUUUUAAAAAACAAAAAGCCACUUUAUAGUGACUUCCUUAAAGAAAACAAACACUCGACUGAAGUUUUGAAGUCAUUUCAACGGAGCAAAAAACUCUUUAAGAUGACUGCCUUCUGAACGGGACCACCGGGAGACCCCGAGGAAGUUCUUGCAUCGCCUUUCAACUAACACGAAGACAAAGAAGAGCAGAUAUUUGCCUUGACAGUGCAGCCAUGGACUCAGGAAAGCAAAUAACGUUCCCGUUGAUGAUGUGCGUCGGAGCAGCUGUGAUCGGCUCUCUGCAGUUCGGCUACAACACGGGUGUCAUCAAUGCCCCUCAGAAGAUCAUCGAGAACUUCAUCAAUGAGACAUGGUUCGAGCGCUACCAGGAGCCCAUCACCAAGAGCGCCCUCACAGCUAUCUGGUCCAUCUCCGUCUCUAUCUUCUCCGUCGGUGGCAUCUUCGGCUCCUUCUCCGUCGGACUCUUCGUCAACCGCUUUGGAAGGAGGAACUCUAUGCUCAUGGCCAACGUCCUGGCCUUCGUGGCGGCCGCCCUGAUGGGUUUUUCAAGGAUGGCGAGUUCCUGGGAAAUGUUGAUCAUCGGUCGUUUUGUGGUGGGCCUCUACUCCGGCCUCUCCACAGGCUUCGUGCCCAUGUACGUGGGCGAGGUUUCUCCAACAUCCCUACGAGGAGCGCUGGGCACCCUCCACCAGCUGGGUAUCGUCCUGGGGAUCCUCAUCGCACAGGUGUUUGGAUUGGAGUCAAUCAUGGGCAACGCUGAAUUGUGGCCGCUCCUCUUGGCCUUCAUCUUCCUCCCCGCUUUGUUGCAGUGUGUCCUGCUGCCUCUCUGCCCUGAGAGCCCUCGUUUUCUGCUCAUCAACAAAAAUGAAGAGAACAAGGCCAAGACUGUGCUGAAGAAGCUCAGAGGCACCACAGACGUGAGCGCCGACAUGCAGGAGAUGAAAGAGGAAAGCCGGCAGAUGAUGAGGGAGAAGAAGGUGACCAUCCCCGAACUGUUCCGCUCGACCCUCUACCGCCAGCCCCUACUCAUCGCCGUCGUCCUGCAGCUCUCCCAGCAGCUGUCUGGCAUCAACGCUGUAUUCUACUACUCCACUCGUAUCUUUGAGAAAGCCGGAGUUGAGCAGCCGGUCUAUGCCACCAUCGGAGCCGGUGUCGUUAACACAGCUUUCACUGUGGUGUCGCUGUUUGUCGUGGAGCGUGCAGGACGCAGGUCUCUGCACCUGCUGGGGCUGCUGGGAAUGGCCGGAUCUGCCGUCCUGAUGACUAUUGCCUUGGCUCUGCUGGACCAACUCAAAUGGAUGUCAUAUUUGAGCAUCGUGGCCAUUUUCGCCUUCGUCGCAUUCUUUGAGAUCGGACCGGGUCCCAUCCCCUGGUUCAUCGUGGCGGAGUUGUUCUCCCAGGGACCCAGGCCUUCAGCCAUCGCUGUAGCUGGUUUCUCCAACUGGACUGCCAACUUCAUAGUGGGAAUGGGCUUCCAGUAUGUAGAGGAUCUGUGCGGCCCCUACGUGUUCGUGAUCUUCACCCUGCUGCUGCUGAUGUUCUUCAUCUUCACCUACUUCAAGGUGCCAGAGACCAGGGGCCGGACGUUCGACGAGAUCGCGGCCGGCUUCCGCCAGACAGCCGCCACCGGAGGCGAAAAGCAUUCGCCAGAGGAGCUCAACAGCCUGGGAGCUGACUCUCAGCUCUGAGUGACCGCCUCUUAACUCUCUUAACAAACUCUUUCUCAGACCGAGGCGGAACGAGAAGGGUCUACUAACUAGAAGUAGACAGAUCCAUUGGUAGAAUAAUUUUCUCACUGUCACCACAUUUCGGGGUCAUUACCAAACACAGAGCAGCCCUGUGUGAUUCUCCAACAUGACGUCUUCUGCUGCUCCUCUCGUGUCACGCAAAGAAACAGAAACUUGAUGAGCAAUAUCACCUGGUGGAUGUGGAGAGGGCAGUUGAGGAUAGAUUUGGAAGGUUUUUUUUUUUUUUUUUUUAAAUAUUUUAAAGAUAUUUUAAAGAAGGAAAAUGUGUGUCUGCAUCAGUCAAACAACCUUUUUUAAUAACUUUUUCACUGAAUAUAUUACUGAUAUGUGCUUAUGCUAUGUUCUUUGUAGCCUGUUACAAUGCAGUUUCUUAUUACCUGCCAAAAGAGCGCGGUAGCUAUAGAGAUCAGCGUCACUGUGCAAAAUACUUGUUCUUAUUGAUCACACUGUAAUACUGUAUCACUGUAGACUCUUAGCACUGUAGAUUCUGCACAGCUCGACUUUGUUUCCCUCCACCAGAUGGAGCACCACCCUUUAAAAAAAAAAAAGGUCGCCACUGAUAAGGAGUUGUAAGUUGUGUAUAUGUACCUUUUUUCAGAGAAUGUUACUGAGUGUAAACAAACACACUGUGAUAUGUUGGCGUAUUGCUGUGAGGAUUUCAAUAUCCUCAAUUAAUUUUUUUUAGAUUAAUGGUAACACGCCACCUAUUACACCUAUUUGUUACUUAUUUACUUAUUCUUUUGUCAUUUUAUUUUUUAGAUUUUUCAGCCACAAAGACAAAUCAGUUUCAGUGUGUUCCCGAUAACGUAUCAAGAAAUUCAUCCGCUAUUUAUGUAUUUUUUUUUCCACCAUUCCUCUUUAGCAAUACAUUCAUAUCAAAGUGGGUAUGUGCAAGAAAGAACAAUAUCUGUACAGAUCAGAUACAGAGCAACGACUCGGCAGUGAAGUUGAAUAAAUAAAUCUUUCAUCCGUUUUAACAUGACACGAAAUAAGUAAACGCUCACAAUCAGCAGCCACAAAACCAAAAUCUGUCUCUCAAAACCAGAACAUUGGUGAGUUUAAGUGCCUGUCUAAAACAAUCAAGCCUCGUCUGCCUCCAUUUCAGCCUUUAUCAGUUUGAGUUUCAGGUCAGACCGGCUUGAUCCAGACUGAAAGCUUCAAUGGAGGAUCUUCACUUAAGUAUUUCUGAGUUGAGAUUAUCUGCGGAGCUUCGACAGUCUGGUGAAUCGACUUGAGAGCUGUCCGUUUUUUUUUUUUUUUCUCACACAAAUGGGAGUUGCUCUGUGACAACUACGGAGAAAAAUGAAAGAAGUAAAGAAAUAAUGGGGACCAAAAAUGAAUGUCAGUCUCUUUCAAAAGGUUUUUCGUUGUCCUGAAAGUGCUUGUCACUCAAAAUCCCAGUAUUCCUUGCACACCAUUAUGUCCAUUAUCUGUCCUAUGAGGUGGACACUUGUUGCUUUUGUGCAAGGCCUGUUUUUUCGCCUCGUGCACUGAAUUCUGCAGUAAUGUUUAGCUCUCUCUUUCGGUUGUCUGUGCUGUAUGGUAUACAGUUGCUGGUGAAAUCUCACUCCGCCUAGCUGUACAAGUAGCUGUCUAUGACUGCUGUAUCACUUCGAACCUUUCUUCUCUUUAAAGAAGGUUAUCUUUUUAGCAGCACUUUAUUAUUCACAGUGAUAUUUCUUUGUUGCUGAAACAAACACCGCUUGUUUCAGCUGUUUUUUUUUGUUCUUUGUACUGAAGAGAGACUGAAGUACUGCUGAUGGAUUACUUGAUGUUUUUGAAAUGGGAUUGUAUCAUUUGUUCAUAUCUUUUUCUUGGUCUUGUAUAGAGCACAUUUAGUUGUGUGUGUUAACACACAGGUCAGUUGUAAAUUAAUACGAUAAUAUUCAUAGUCUAAUGAAGACUUUGAUCCAAAUCCAACCCUGUUGUCAAAAUUCAUCAUUCCAAAACAGGUUGUUAAUUAUUGUAUAUAGUAGAUCUUUAUAGUAUAGUAUGUCAUAUGAUGGGUGACCUUCUUGCCUGUCCUGGAAAGCACUGUGACAUCCGCUCUGUGCCUUUUUGUGUGGUGUUCACACACAUCUUCACCAGCAGAAUCACGUAAUGGCACCGCCAACACUGCCAAUGACAGCAGACAAAAUAAAGAUGCACUUCCCCACACAGACCGAUGUUUGUUGCAAAUAGCUGUAUUGUAAUGUACAUACUGUUGAUUCAUACUUCUGCUUGGGCAUUCGAUUUCUUAAAUCUCCUUAUGGCACAGGUCGGUGGUCUAAACACGCAAUGUGAUGUAAAUAUGACACACUACAGCCUCACCCCACUCCAAAUUAUGAAUCAAAUCUUUUAAAACCUUUUGGAUAGAUAAAUUAAUGAUUAUCACUGUAGUGCUGUACAUCUCUAUGCAUUUAGCUUCCACACUUUUAUUCCCUCUUGAUUUGAUACCCUAAAGAUUAGUUGUGGCCUAAUAAUACUUUAAUAACUUUAAUUCAGAUUUUACAUGUAAGGAUUGUGUUAAUGAUAUGCAUUCGGUAGUGUUUUCUUUUUAGUGCACAGAGCAUAUUCUAAUGUUUGUAAUAAAAAAAUGAUCUGUGUGCAUGGUGUCAGAAUGUGUUGGAGAAAUAUAAAUUGUGAUGGAUGAUGUCCUGAAUGGUUCUAUGGUCUUGUGUAAGUGAUUUAAUGGAUGAAUAAAAGAAGUCAUGCAUACAGAUGA